GCACUUAGACCUUGCACUGCGGGUGGUUCACUGGGCUGUAAACAAGUCGCGCUGAGAAGGUGGCUCUUGUCGAAGUCUCUGAAAACCACGGCAGCUGCUCUGAGGACCACACACUCUGCAGAGAGCCGGAGCCAUGCGUGUGGCCAUCAUCGGGGCUGGGGUGAUUGGCCUCUCCACUGCCCUGUGCAUCCAUGAGCAGUACCACAGCCUGGUGCCCUCCCUGGAGAUGGAGGUCUAUGCGGAUCGCUACACGCCCUGCACCACCAGCGACGGGGCGGCCGGCUUGUGGCAGCCCUACCUGAGCGACCACGGCAACCUGCAGGAGACGCUCUGGAAUAAAGAGACAUUUGAUUACCUCCUUGGGCACCUGGGCUCACCAGCAGCGAAGGAAAUGGGACUUUUCCUAAUUUCUGGCUACAACCUGUUUACGCAGCCGGUGCCGGAACCGCCUUGGAAGAACAUUGUCCUGGGAUUCAGAAACUUGACACCAAAAGAGCUUGAACUCUUCCCUGGUUACAGCUACGGCUGGUUCAACACGGCGCUGUUGCUGGAGUGCAGGAGCUAUCUCCCAUGGCUCACCAACAGGUUAACGCAGAGAGGAGUGAAGUUUUUCCAUAAGAAGGUUGAAUCUUUCCAGGAGAUGUUUGCCCAGGGUGUGGAUGUUGUAAUAAACUGCACUGGGGUGCGUGCGGGGGAGCUGCAGCCUGACCCGGAGCUACAGCCUGGCCGUGGCCAGGUCAUAAAGGUCCUGGCCCCGUGGGUGAAGCAUUUCAUCAUCACUCAUGACAUGGAAUCUGGUAUCUACAACUCGCCGUACAUCAUACCAGGGAGUGAGUUCACAGUCUUGGGAGGGAUCUGUCAGCAUGGCAACUGGAACGAAGAAAACAGCGCCCAGGAUCACAAAACCAUCUGGGAGAACUGCUGCAGGCUGCUCCCUGCUCUCCAGGAAGCAAAGAUCAUUCAAGAGUGGAGCGGCUUGAGACCAGCGCGCCCCUGGGUUCGCUUGGAGCGGGAGACUGUCCGCCACGGGCAUUUCCAGGCAGAGGUGAUACACAACUAUGGCCAUGGCGGGUUCGGGAUCACCAUCCACUGGGGCUGUGCCAUGGCUGCAUCCAGGCUUUUUGGGAGCAUCCUCCAGGAGAAGAAGCUGGCCAGGCCACCACAGCCCCGCUUGUGAGUUGCCUGCUCACCUGGGAGUAUCAUGACAGCAGUAGCUUAGAAAUCACAGCAGAAAGAUGUGAAUAACACAGUGAUACGCAUGGGCUGUUCAGCCCUCCCGCCAUCUCCAGCGCUGGUUCAUAGUCUCUCAUUUUCAGUUUGCUGCCAGUUCUGUCGCUGCCAUUUGCCAGGCGGCCGAGUUCCCUCCAGCCCGGCCUUGCUCAACCUACCUAAAGGAAGUGCUUUAAAAUAUGGACUAAUUAUCUGUGGCAAAGUGCACUUCUGUCCUGCGGAUCAGCCUGCAAAGGGCAGGCAGGGUUCAGCUGAAACCUUGACAGUCCUACAGUUCAUCUGCAUGACGGGACAGGAUCUGAAACUGAGCUGGUGCCACCUGAGGUCGUCACUGACUGCUCUGACACCCAGCAUGUAAUUAGAUUUGCAAGCUCCCCCCAGGAGGCAAAAGAUCCUUUAGCAGGAAGAAGCUCUGAAGCUCCCAGGGAAGAAACAACAGCUCUAAAAGCACGUGCUUCAGUUGCAAUAGCUUUUCUUAUGUUCAUGCCAGGCUAAAGCACGGGUCUGCAGCACCUGGUUAGUGUAUCUGGCAAUAGACAGCAGCAGUUGCCUAAAAUGGACUUUCCAAAUGAUGUUUUUAGCAACAAAAGCAACAUGUUCCAGCCCUGUGUACUUGCCAGACUCUAUAUAUAGCAGUGAGCAUACGCAAAAUAGCUGUUCUCGUCCCUAAAACUCCCACGGGCCCUUCAAUUUCUCAUUUGUUCCAGCCAUGAGCCAUGGCUGGAGCAGCAGCUCUGAGAGAGGAGCUGACUCAGGGUAGGUUGUGCCUCCCGAAGGAGUUGGGGACAGCUCCCAGGAGAGCAUGACUUUUUGAGGGUGUUCUGUGCCAUGGCUAGGCACCCUGUACACUGUUCUGAAGGUACAGUUUGGCCAAUUUUUCCAUGCCAUUUGUCUUUCCUGCUCUAAAAACCAUCACAGACAAGGUACUGAAUGGUCAAGGAGCAUUAGUCUCAAAUCCAAAAGCUAGCAGUUAUCCCAAGGCUGGCACACAGCGUCUGGCUCGCUCUCCUCUGCAGCUAAGCCAACUGUUUCUUACUCAUCUGUGAUGCAGCUUCUCCCGCCCUCUGACUCCAUGUGCCAGAAAUAGCUCAUCAACCUGAUUUGUGAUGUACCAGGCAGCUGCACCUAGUGAAUGAGAGAUGCUGCAGUGCAGCUGGGCUCGUUUUACCUCCUGGGCACCUGGAUUUAAAACAGUCCCAUGAAAAGUGCACGUUUCCUGGCCACAGCCUGGCACCAGCGUUGCCCCCAUUGAAGGACCCGUCUCCUGACAUGCUGCUUUGUUUUCACCAAGGAAAAGAAGAACUUGUGAAGGCUUUGUAGGAAGUGAUGAGCACUCCGUGCUGCUGGAGAUGGUCCAUGCACACGAGAUCUGAUGCCCCAUGAGCGCAUGUGAAACUGGUCUCAUUUUCAGUAGUGCUACGGAGGUUACCGUGCCAGCACAGCCGCGGCCCUGGGAGACCUUCCAGCAACCUUGUUUUCCACUGAAUGCUAUGUGACCAUUGUGUAGCUCUCCAGCUUAUGCACCCUGAGCUGUCAGAAAGCUCUGACGAGCUUUGCUGAGUGCAUCUGCUAGUUGUCUGCCCGGUUAGGAAAGCAAUAGCAGUUACUUUCACCAUGAGGGCCAGAAUUUCUCAGCAGCUGCUGCCCUGUCUCCUCCUCUUCCUCCCUUCCUUUUGUAAAGGUGCGGGAUGGUUGUGUUUGCCUCUGCUAUGACACCUGCAGUGCUGGCAAAGUGACACUGCAUGGGAAUUCUCACGCCUGUGGCACUCGCGUCCAAGGCAACAACUUGCUGUUGAAGGCACCAACGAGAGCAGGUACUGAAGUUCCUCUGACUGCGAUUUUGGCCUAACAUCGGUGCUUCUUACAUCCUUGCGAAGUAUAAAACACAUUAUGAUAGCCAUGGUCAUUUGUCCUUUCUGGCUGAGCACAGUCUCUUAGGCAGCCCUGUCCGGCUGCCACCGCAGCAGAGGUGCAGGAAACUCUCUUAGCUGCUAUGGAGUUAUGGCACAGGCUAGGGCAGACCAGUGGCCGUCCUCAGAAGGCAGCGGAGCGUGGGUGUGCAUUAGAGAGGCGGCUGUUGUCUGGUAGCUGAGGCACCUCUGCAGGGUGCUUAAAAAACAAAGGUAGACUGAGGAAAAUUAGGAGCUCCUGUCAUGUCCAGUCUGUCUGUCAAAAGGGUUUCCCACUUCAUCUGGCAGCUCACCUGACACACUGCAGCCACAUUCAGAGUGGUAUAAUCAAGAAACAGAUAGUAAAAAAUAAGACAAUAGCUGGGGAAAAUUUACCAUUGAUUAAUGCUAAACAUAAUGGUCUGUGAUACCACUUCAGCAGAAGCCAUUCAGUGAAAUAGCAUCCACCCGCUUUCACUUAUUCCAACUACGAGAUCUUAAGGACUAUAUUGUCCUCCCGUGGGCACUGCUGUAAAUCCAAAACCACUCAUCUGACUUCAGAAGAGCUGCACUGCAUUAGCAAGGGUGUAGCAAACCAUUGUAUAGCUUGCAAUAAGCAGCUGAUUCUUCUGAUCUUAGAUCCUGCAGGAGCAGCUGUCCUGUGAUCUCACACACCUCUUAGAAAACAAACAAAAAUGAUUAAUGUGUAAUUUUAUUUGCAGGCUAACUUUGCUUAUUUUCUAAAAGACCACAAUUUAAUAUGUGUGCACAAUAAAGGUAAUAUUCAAAU